AUGAGAAGAACCGGCAAUGAAUCGAAUCGAUUGAAGCAGGAGCUCGCGUGCUUGAUCAAGAGCUGUGGCGAAUCCCGCGAUUUGGAUCGCGCGCGCCAGGCCCUCGCGGCAAUCCGGUCGACCGCUCACAAGCACAAUCGCUGCCUCGCCAAUCUGGCCGUGGAGAUGUUUGGCAAAUGCGGCAGCGUGGACGAUGCCCAGGCCACAUUCGAUAGCAUCGCGGACCCAAACCUCUUCUCCUGGAACAUCCUCACGAGAGCUUAUGCCCUAAAUGGGCAUUUGGAGAAAGCUAAGGAGAUCUUUGAUCGAAUGCCGUCGCGAGACGAGAUAACUUGGACAGAUCUAAUCUCGGCGUUUGGAGAUCAUGGAGUGAUCGAGCAAGCUAGAAAUAUCUUCGAUCGAAUGCCCAGAUGGGACGUAGUAGCGGCGACGUGCUUUCUCACUGCAAAUGCCCAAGCUGGGCAUUUGGAGUGUUUGAAGUGUUUGUUUGAUUCUUUGCCCGGCAGAGACAUCGUGUCUUGGAACGCCACUCUCGCCGGCUAUGGAUCAAAUGGCUGCGUCUCCGAAUCGAUGGAGCUCCUCGCGAGGAUGCCGCAGCACAAUGCCUUGUCGUGCACUGCCGCGAUCGCGGCAUGCGCCGAGAAUCAUCGCCUGGACGACGCUAGGGUUCUAUUCGAUCGAAUGCCAUUCGCGACGGCGCUGGCAUCCACGAUCCUCGUCUCGUCCUACGCGCAGGCCGGGCGGAUCGACGAUUCCAAGAGCGUCUUCGAUCGAUUGGAGGCCCGGACGGUGGUGUCGUGGAACGCGAUCUUCAAUGCCUACAUCCACACGGGGCGAUUCGCCGAUGCCAAGAGGGCUUUCGAUCGAAUGCCAGCGCGGGACGCGAUCUCCUGGAACGCGAUGAUCGCAGGCUACUCCCAGUAUGGAUUUCUCGAGGAAUGCGUAGAUCUCUUCCACGCGAGCCCCCAUUCCAGUGUGGUUUCCUGGACGGCUGUGGUGGUCGCGUGUGCCGAGGGCGGGCAGCUCGAUCGCGCAGAGCAGGCAUUCCGAUCGAUGCCAGCGCGCGAUAUCGUCGCCUGGAAUGCGAUCGCGGCGGCGAUGUUCGCUGGAGGGGACCUGGAGCGCGCGAGAUCGGCAGUGGAUCGGAUGCCCGGGCACAACGUCUCGACCUGGAACGCGAUCAUCACGGGCUACGCUCUCGCCGGGGAUCCCAUCCAAGCCAAGGCGAUCUUCGAUGCGAUGCGACGCCGGAAUUCCUUCUCCUGGAGCGCUCUCCUCCAGUCAUCCUCUCACGACCUCGAUCUCUCUCGCGCGCUCUUCGAUCGCAUCCCAGUGAAAGAUGCAGCGUCGUGGAACGCGAUAAUCUUCUCGCACGCACGGCUGGGGCAUCUGGAUCGAGCAAAGGCGCUGUUCGAUUCAAUGCCGGGGGAGGACUCCGUGAUCGCGGCCUGGACUUCGAUGAUCACGGCGUACGCGCGAGCCGGGCGAGUGGAUCUAGCAAAGGAGCUCUUCGAUCGAUCGAGGGUGCCAAGCCCAGUUCUUUGCAACGCGAUGAUCGCGGCAUAUGCCCAGAAUGGGCAUUACCGGGAGGUGUUCCAAGGGCUUGUGGAGAUGAGCUUGCGAGGGAUUAGGGCAGACACCAUCACAUUCGUCCUCCUCCUCAUGGCGUGCAGCCAUCGCGGCCUCGCAGACAAGAGCCGCGAUUUCUUCGUGGCUAUGGUGGCGGAUCACGGCGUGGCGCCCUGCUCGGAGCACUACAACUGCGUCGUUGACGCGCUAGGGCGAUCUGGGCGUGUUCUUGAGGCGGAGGAUCUCGUCGCAGCGAUGCCAAUCUUGCCGCACAGCACUGCUUGCCGAUCGCUCCUUGGCGCUUGCCGGAUCCACGGCGAGAUGGAAAUGGGGCAGCGCGCGGCGCGCGGGGCGAUUGGAUUGGAGGAAUCGUCCGGGGUUUCAUCCGACUUCGUGCUCCUCUCAAAUAUCUAUAGCGCUCUUCAUUGGCAGUGAGGGUUUAGGGUUUUUGGGGAUAGCGCUGGCAGUCGCGCUACGCCGGCUGUGUGAUCUUGCACGGAUGACAUCGAGGAGGCCUAUCGUCUCAUUGUUCUCACGCUGACGCAUCCGGAGAAUAGGCCCAGUAAGAAUGCGCACUUGGUUCCACCGUUUUGUGGAUCGGACCUGGUGUUCAGCUCGAGGCAGUGGAGCAGCCAUGUCGUUGGACGAGUAAGUCACUGGAUGGCGAUGACGAUAUUGCUCGUCCCGAUUCGGAGCUUGUGUUGAAGAAGGAGCUUAGCUGGGCUGCGCAUCUCUCAGUACAGGUAUUUGGCUGUGCAAACUAUGCGAGGUGCGUCAAUCAGGUUCUCCAAGGCCUGGGGAGCAGGAUGGUUUUGGAUCCUAAGAGGUUUGUUUCAGCUAUGGCUCAGAUUGCCAUUGCAAUUUGAGGAGGCAGAGCUGAAGAUGCUACAUAUCUGGUAAACAUUGGUUUUGUUCGUGUUUCUUCAAUCUGUGAUUGCUUCGGGAGAGUCAGUAAACCGGUUUGUGAUUCAAUGGGGAAUGGUGGCAUAUGUUUUGUACCCUUUGCGAGUAUCAUAAGAUUGUCUUUACAGUCCACUUGUACCCAACUGAGGAGUAUGGGACUCUAAACUACAUAAACUCGUAACCAGCGAGGCGUGCCGCUUGACAUCACAGCAUCACUCGUUGGAUUGGAGAACCGUUAAAAGGCCCGCUAUCCUCCAUUCAAGUUGCAGGUUUGCUGCCUGUGUUCCACAGUUGACCAUUUAAUACUUUCACAGGUCAUUGAGUCAUUUCAUUCA